CUAACAUCUGCCCAAAACCAGACGGAAGUCGGAAGUCGCAGGAAGAAACACCAAAAGACAGGACUUGUGUUAUUUUUGACUAGUUCGAGAUAUACACCAAUAUUUUUUCAACCAAAGGCACCAUGGCGCGCCGAAGUCGUGUAGCUGUCGUGGUGGCCUUGGCUGCUUUGGCCGCUUACGCCACCACGGCCACAUGCUUUGUAGCUUCGCCUUGGCGCGACGUCGUGCGAGGGCACCGAACUAGCGCCCUCGCUGGGCGCACAACUUCUACAGCGGCCGGGAGAGCGUGCUCGGCGCCGGGAGAGCUGGGCAGGCCACUUGCCAUUUGCCUGGCUGCGGCUGUCCUGGCCUGCGGGGGCCUGCGGGGCCUCCGGCCUCGCCAUGGACUGCCCACCUGCCGAGAGGGCCGCGUGGCAAGGAGGGCGUGGCCCUGGGAGGAAGAAGAUCCGUAUGCCAAGUGCACUGCCCUGAAACUCCAGCUGGGCAUGCAAUUCUCGAAGAACAUGCUGACAACGCUCAACAAACUGGCAGAUGGGGCCGACACGUCUUCAGAUGCGGGACUCCACCAGCUGAUGUUGGACGUGGUUUUGGCCCUCAAGCGCUCCGAGACGACCUGGCGCUAUGCGGAUUGCGUGCAGCUGCUCUUCGACGCCGAAGAUGAGGGUCGAGCAGCGGCCGGCAAGUUGCAGCGGUGGGGCCUGGAGGCACAAGAGAAGUGGGGUGAUGGCGACUGGGAGAAGGAGAAGGAGAAGCGCAUGACGGAGUAUGUAGUGGUGACGCUCAUGAUCAGCUGCUAUGGCGCCAUCCUUGAGGAGAAGGAGGACAAGAUCCGCUCGGCCGCCGAUGUGAAGAAGAUCCUGGGUGCAAUCAGCGAGGUCCAGGAGGAUGAGCUGCUACAGCUGGACGUCCAGUGGAUCCCUGAGGAGGAGGGCGACUCCCUCUCCGCCAUGGAAGUCACGAUGAAGUUCCCAGAGCUGGUGAUGAUCUAACGCUUUUGGCCGCUGAAGCCUGAAGCCACCACGGUCGCUCGACCGUCGCUCAGCGUCGACCCAUUCUUUGGGCGACCGGACGAGCACGGUCGCUCGCGGAGCCCCCACACCGCGGAGCCUUAAAGGUCCACGUAGUACCGUACUUCGAUCAUUUUCGAUCUAUCCUUCGC